AUGGCAAUGGCUAUUAUUGAACAUAACCUUCCAUAUUCUUUUGUGGAAUAUAGAAGAGUUAGAGAGAUGCUUUUAAUUUGUAAUCCGGAUGUGAAUGAGUAUACAAGAAAUACUGCAGUGAAUGAUGUAGGGAAUGUUUAUCUUGAUAAGAAAAUGGAGUUAAAACAACAAUUGAGUAGGUCUCCUAGCAGAAUUUGUUUAACUUCUGAUUGUUGGACUGCAUAUACAGUUGAAGGCUAUAUUUGUAUUACUGCUCACUUUGUGGAUAGGAAUUGGAAGUUAAAUAGCAAGAUUCUUGCUUUUUGCAAAAUAGAGCCUCCACACACUGGGUUGAAAGCUGCAAGUACUAGCAUUCAAAAGAGUAGGGAAAGUAUCAAAUAUGUGAAACAAUCUGAAGCAAGAAGAAUAUUGUUUGCUAAGUGUGUGGAGCAAGUAGGAGGAAUUGAUGAUAGUGUGGGCUUGAAGUUAGAUGUCCCCACUAGAUGGAAUUCAAUUUAUGUCAUGCUAGACAGUGUGAUGAAGUAUCAACGAGCUUUUGGGAGUUUAGUAUUACGUGACAAGAAUUUCAUCAGUUGUCCUUCGAGUGAGAAAUGGAAGAGAGGGGAAUUGAUUCGGGAUUUCUUGGCUCCAUUUUACAUCAUCACUAAUUUAUUUUUUGGGUCUUGUUAUCCUACUUCCAAUUUGUAUUUUAUGCAAAUUUGGAAAAUAGAGCGUUUGUUGAAGAUACAUGAAGAUUGUGAUGAUUUGAUACUUAAAGAUAUGACAUUAAGAAUGAAAGUGAAGUUUGAAAAAUAUUGGAGUGAUUACAGUGUUAUUCUUUCUAUUGUUGUUGUUCUUGAUCCUAGGUUGAAGUUUGAUUUGAUCAAUUUUUGUUAUGAAAAGUCUGAUUCUAUUGGUUGGGAAAACAAGGUGAAUGUUGUUAAGAGAAAGAUGCAUCAGUUAUUUAAGCAAUAUGAUAAUGAGAUAAGUUUGGUUUCAACUUCAACUUCAACUUCUUCUUCUUCACAAGUUCAAGUAGAUUCUUCUCAUGCACCAUAA